UUCGCAAACUCUUUCUUCCAAAUUUUUUUCUUUUAUCCAAUAAUAUUUUUUUUCUUCAGUAAAUUAUUAUUGUGAAAGUCAUAUAUAUAAUAUGGCAUUCAAAAUUGAAACUGUGGCAAGUAGUAAAUUGAAAGGAGAAAAAUGGGAUGAUGUUGAUCAAGGUGAUAUUGCAAUGAUUUUUAUUUCCUAUGGAAGAAUAAUUAGUCAUCUCCAAUUUUUAUAUGUCAAAAAUGGAAACUUUUCUUUAUCAGGCAAACAUGGUGAUCUUAUUGAACAUCUGGAAAUAAUCAAGCUAGAUUAUCCCUCUGAAUAUCUGAUUGGAGUAAAUGGUAGACAUGGAGUAAUUGGAACAGAUAGAGUUUUGAAAUCAAUCACAUUUGUGACCAACAAAAACUCAUAUGGACCUUUUCCAAAAAAUAAACCUACUUAUAUGGGAAGUGAAGAUACAGAAUUCAACAUAAAUGUUGGAAAUUAUGGUUGGCUCAAUGGAUUUCAUGGCACAAUUUGUAAUGGUCAACUUGAAAGCUUUGGAGUUUACAUUAAUCCAAUCCCAAUUAGCAAAGAUAUUGAUUAUGAUAAAAUAGAUGUAGUUGAUUGCUAAGUGUAUAUCUACUAGUUUCAAUCUCAAAGUGACACGUGUACUCAUAAUAAUAUGAAUGAAUAUAAAGAUUUGUCAAGGUUCAUUGAGAAAAAAAUCA